UCUAAGUCGAUAGUUCAAGAGUGCUAUUGACAGGGAAUUUUGGAAGUAUGAUUUGGGUAUAGUUUGAAGGAGAUGUAUAUAUGUCUGAGAUGACAUUUAUUGGGUUUAGUUGAGUCGGCAGUGUAAAUAUUCUUUUGAUGGAUUAUAGUAACUCUAAUAUUGUUGGUUGCAUUUGAGACUCCUUGCUUCGGAAGGAAAGACUUCUAUUGUUGGUAUUUUUCUAUUUCGGUGUGGACUAAGGCAUCAAUCUGAACUCCAAGCCCUAUAACGUGUCAUUACCUUUUUUCUGCUAGAAAUCGAGGUGUGGCAUAUGCUCCUCUGAGGCUUAUCUUCUCAACAAAUUUUGGGGAAUCGACAAACAGAUACAUAGAAAUUGAGCCAUGGACAUUAUCAGAAGAGAACAAAGGCUAGGGUUGCCAGAACUAGACAAGACCAAUCUUAAUAAGACCGUCAACACCAGCCCAAGAACGGUUAAGGAACGAAGGUUGGGCUUAUCAGAAUCGGACCAGAGUGCCAAAUUCAAGAAGUCUGCUCGAGUUCGGACGAGAGCCAUCAACUGUGACGGCGCCAACUUUCGGAAAAUGGUCCAAGAAUUCACUGGAAUCCCUUCGCCCAGUGGGACCCCGACGAGCGGAGAAGGCUCAUACCGGGAUGAUGGUUCUACUCCUAGGAAGAGAGAGGUGAACCAGCGGUGGACAGAGCUGGUCCGAGUCAAUCCAGCCUCGGGACUCGAAGGGGCUCCUGAGGAUGGGUACAGUUGGAGGAAGGACGGUCAGAAUGACAUUCUUGGAUCCAAAUACCCAAGGGAAUACUAUAGGUGCAUGCAUAGAAAGGUCAAUGGUUGUUUGGCUAAAAAGCAAGUGCAAAGAUCCGAUGACGAGCCUACUGUCUUCGAGAUCAUGUACGACGGAAAGCACACGUGCAAUCACCACCCUGCUGCUCUUGUCCCUCCUUCUCCGCUGCCUGAAAAUCAAACUGAUUCCAAUGCCUCCACCAACGCCGCCCCUCUCCAAAUCCGUGGAGCUGAGGGCCGAACAGUCUUCUGCAAGGCACAUGGACGUGGCCGCCGCUGUGAGUUCCUUGGGUGUGCUAAAAGUGCAGAAGGACAUAUGGACUUUUGCAUCGCCCAUGGUGGCGGCAGACGGUGCAGCCAUGAGGGUUGCACUCGAGCUGCCAGAGGGAAGUCUGGUUUGUGCAUACGGCAUGGAGGUGGUAAGAGAUGCCAGAAAUCGGGCUGCACAAAGAGUGCGGAAGGUCAUUCCGGCCUUUGCAUCUCCCAUGGAGGCGGCCGUCGGUGUCAGUUCAUAGGUUGCACCAAAGGGGCUCAAGGAAGCACUCUGUUUUGCAAGGCGCACGGUGGCGGAAAGCGCUGCACCCUUUCGGGGUGCAACAGAGUCAUAAUCCCGAACUUGAACUCCAACAAUGACAGUCACAACUUAUCUUCUCCAGUGUUCGAUUUUCCUCCCAACUUGGAUAAUACGUUCGGCCUUGGCAGUAACUUCUCUAGUACCCCUCAUUUCCUGUCUCUGGCAACUCCUGGGACCAACCGCCUCUCGGUGUCUCCAGAACCCAAGCUCGCUAUGAUUGGCUCGGCCGGUACUUCAGGGUACAACUCUCUAGCAACGAGACGGCAAGGACGAUUAUCAGAGGUAAAGGUAGUUUAUCGUGGGAGUAAGUCGGAUGACAAUGAGCAGCUACUUCUUGAGGAAAAAUCAAUCUCUGAUCUGCCUUUCACUAGUUCAGUUGAAUCAUCCAUUAGUUUGGGUUCGGGCCUAUGCCCUCGUUCUGCUGAAGACCAGAAAGAAGGCAAGCCGUUCUUUGGGAUCGAUUUGCUUCUCACAAAGGCAGGCUGUGUCACGAAGGAAGAAUCAUGGCUGAGUGAUCUGAAAGAAGAAGAAAAUGCCACGGUCUCAAGUGAAGCAGAAAAGCUAGAAGCUAUGCAGAAGCAAAGAGCAGAAAGUGAUUUGGUGUCAAUGGAGAACACUCGAGACAGAGAGACUGAGCUAUUUCCCUGGCUAGUGAAAAAGGACGCCGAUCCUCAUGCUGCUUUGGAAGAAGUUCAUUCGUAUUCAUCAUACUCAGAAUUGGAAUUGGGUUCACAUUGCUCAGAAUCAGAAUCCCAAGACACAGAUAAGAAGAUGAAGAUCGAGGCAAGUCCGGAAUAUCAUGAGAGAGAAACAUCGGAAAGUGUAGUUUUGCAUAUGCAGAACACUGUAGAGCCAGAGGUUGAACCCUUUUCCUUGGAAGUAAACAAAGACACUGCCUCUGAGGAAGUUCAUUCAUAUUCCUCGGAACAAGAAUCUGAAGUUGAUUCAUAUUGCUCGGGACCGGAAUAUGAAGAUGGAGAUAAAAAGGCGAGGACAGAAGCAAGUCCAGCAUAUAACGAUAUUAUGCACAUACCGAAAAUGCGAAAGGAAAGUUCUCCACAGGCUACUUUGGAUAGUACUGAUGCCUCAAUUGGUAUGUUAGGCGGUGGUGGAAAACAAGAUGGGAGACCAUCAGAAGGAUGGAGUGCCAUUAACUAUGAUUCUGUAGUCGACCAUCUCAUCAAGUCCAUAAAAAAUCCUAACCUUGGAAAAAUUGGAAUAUAUGGCAGAAACGAGGUUGGAAAAGCUUUUGUCAUUGAAGCUUUGAGGGAAUCUGCAGUUUUGAGGAAUCUAUUUGAUAGAGUCAUCUGUGUUACUGUUCCUCUGAACUGCGACAUGGAAAAGGUGCAAAAGGAGAUUGCUGGACAAAUAUGUUAUGAUUUAACUGAAGCCAACGCAGUUGAUAUGCCACAUUCGGUGGUGAAUGCAUUGGAAGGCCUCAAGUUUUUGCUUAUUCUUGUUGGCAUUAAUCAACACAUGAAGCUGGAGACAUUGAGAAUUCCUGAUUCAACACCACCAGUUGGUAGCAAGAUAGUCUUUGUGGCUGGAUCAGGACAAGUGUGCGAUGAAAUCGAAGUGGAUGAGAAAAUAAGUUUGGACUAUCUGUUGCUGUGGGAAUUAUUCUGUCAGAAUGUGGGUGAAGUUCUUUAUCGUCCUAAAAAAGUCCUAGCUGAGCAAAUAGUCAGGAUGUGCAGGUCAUGUUCGCAUGCUGUUAUUCUAGUGGCAAGGGCAUUGCAAAAUGUUGAUGACCUUUUAAUCUGGAAACGUGUGCUUAUGAGCCUGACUGUUCGACCUGCAAGUCAUGAAGCACAUAUAGAAGCUCUUAUGGUUAAUGUACUAAGAUUCAGCAUUGACCAACUAGAAGAUGAUAAAACUAGAAGAUGCUUGAAAAACCUUGCUCAUUGGAACAAUUACCCUGAGAUUGCAUCUGAGUCUGCCAUAGGCCUAUGGGUCAGGGAUGGUAUUGUAGACGACCAUGAUGAAGGCCAAAAAGUGUUAAAAAAUCUUGUCAAUGCUAACCUGCUCGAAGUUGAUGAGAAUGGGCAAUCUGUGAAGUUUCAAGAUCAGGAUCAGAAUAUAUUAGUGAACUUAAUAUUUCAACCCAAGGAAAAUCGCAUGUUUCUGAUGAGGGGUGGCUUGGAUUUGACAGAGCCCCCAGAGGUUGAGGAAUGGGAGAGUGCAAAAGAGAUAUGUUUGAUGCAUACCGGGAUUUCUGAGCUACCGCAGGAACCAAGGUGCCCUUCACUUUCAUCGUUAUAUCUGCAAAGAAAUUACAAGCUGAGAAGACUUUCUUCUUCAUUUUUCAAUCAGAUGCCUGCUCUAGAAGUUUUGAAUCUGUCCAGAACCCGCAUUCGGUGCUUGCCAGAGUCCAUAUCUCAACUUGUCAGCCUGAAAAGACUCUUCUUGAAUGAUUGUGUCCUUCUGAGAUCGAUAUCACCAGCAAUUGGAAGGCUCAAGCAGCUGGAGGUAUUUGAUCUUGAGGGGACAAAGAUCAUAAAUCUUCCCAAGGAAAUUGAAUGUUUAACUAAUCUGACUAGUUUGGGGAUCUCAAUUACUGGAACUGAACCUUCAGAUGACUCUAAAACAGUGAUUCCUCAUGGGGUAAUAUCCUCUCUAUUACACUUGGAAGAACUGAAUCUUGAUGUGGAUGCCGAUGCUAAAUGGUGGGAUACAUGUGCUGAACGUGUUGUAUCUGAAGUUUGCAACUUGAAAAGGUUAACCACCAUCAAGUUCUUCUUUCCUACACUGGAACUUUUGAGGCAGUUCAAUCAGCUUAGGAAAUCGAUGGGGCAUCCAUCUUUAGCUCAAUUUAGAUUUCUCGUCGGCAAUCAUGCUAACCGCAUCAUGAAUCGACUACCAUCAGAUAUUGAAUUCGAGCUGGAAUGGUGCGAACGAUACUUGAGGUACAUAAAUGGUGACGGUGUCCUCACGGAUAUUAAGGACAUCCUCCCACAAUCAGAUGCGUUGUUCUUAGAAAGACAUGCUAAUGCCAAGACACUGUCUGAACUAGGAAUAAAUAGCAUGGAGCAACUCAAAUGGUGUGUUCUAGGGGAGUGCAAUGAGCUUGAAGUGCUCAUAGAUGCAUCUGAUACCAUGCAUCAAGAGGCUAUGACUGAAUCUCACUGCAAAAGCAUCUGUCUUGAAUCGCUCGAGUUUCUGUAUGUGUAUUACAUGAGAAACUUGAGAUACAUCUGGAAGGGCUCAGUGCAGAGGGGAUGUUUAUCUUCUCUCAAGUUGUUGACACUGCAUAAAUGCCCCGAGUUGACAGUUAUUUUCUCAUAUGAGAUGCUUAAUAAUCUCUACAAUCUGGAAGAGGUCACAAUUGAGGACUGCCCAGCCAUCAAAAGCCUAAUUAGCUGUGAAACUUCUGCUGGCGAAGUCCGAGAGAUGUCUCAUUUCCUCCCUAUGUUGAAGAAGUUGUCACUCCAUUACGUACCUCAACUUUCCAGUAUAUCCUGUGGGCUACCGAUCGCACCGAGGUUAGAAAGGUUGAGUUUUUACGACUGCCCGAGUCUCAAGUCUCUUUCGACCGAUGAAGUUUCUAGUGAGCAUUUGAAGAAAAUCAGGGGGGAGAGGAGUUGGUGGAAGGACUUGGAAUGGCGUGGCCAUAAGCCAGAGCACUUGGACGGCAUUUUCGCCCCGAUUGACACAUGCGACGUCCCUUGACUCCGUGUUUCCGUUUGUGUGUGCGAUUCCGACUGUUGGAACUGCCUAACAAGUCGGGGAAAUUCAGUUGCUUAAUGACUAUAGUAUCGAAUCAAUACCGCUAGUUUUAACCUUGA